CAUAACCUCAAGCUCUCUACUUUCUUCCGGAAGGAACCAACCUUCAACUCCCAGGAAAUCUCUCCGACUAUAUUGACUCCAUAGUCAAAGCUUUCACAAACCCAACAUCAUAAUCUUCUUCUUAUGGCUCCUGACGCCUCUGAUGCACUUGCAGCUAGGGAGAUAGUUCAGCAGUUUCUGAAUGCUGCAUGUACUGGGAACGUUGAUCUCUUAAAGACAUUGGCGGGGAAACUUGAUGAAUGGAAGGGAUUGGGGAAAACUGUGGCUGAUAUUAAGGAUGCCAACAAGCGCGGCGCACUGCAUUUUGCUGCAAGGGAGGGGCAGACUGAGAUGUGCAAGUACUUGCUGGAGGAAUUGAAACUUGAUGUUGAUACCAAAGAUGAAGAUGGUGACACUCCCCUUAUUCAUGCUGCUCGCCUUGGCCAUACUGAUACUGCAAAACUGCUUCUUGAGUAUGGUGCCAAUCCAUCUGUAGCAAGUGAUUUAGGGGCCACCGCUCUUCAUCAUUCUGCUGGACUAGGAAAUAUUGAGUUGCUGAGGCACUUAAUUUCCAAGGGUGUCGAUGUCAAUUCACAAAGUGAUGCUGGUUCUCCUUUAAUUUGGGCUGCUGGUCAUGACCAACCAGAUGCUGUGAAAGUUCUGUUAGAACACCACGCUAAUCCUAAUGCUGAAAGUGAUGAUGAUAUUACUCCAUUAUUGUCAGCUGUGGCAGCCGGUUCAUUGGCGUGCUUAGAGUUAUUGAUUCAGGCAGGUGGCAAAGUAAAUAUGAGUGCUGGUGGAGCAACGCCUUUACACAUUGCUGCUGAUACUGGGAGUUUGGAGAUUAUAAAGUGUUUGUUAAAAGCUGGGGCAGAUCCCAAUGUAACUGAUGAGGAUGGUUUGAAGCCAAUACAGAUUGCAGCUGCAAGUGGGAACCAAAGUGCUGUGGAAAUCCUCUUUCCAUUGACAUCACAAGUUGAAACCAUUUCAAAAUGGACAGUUGAUGGCAUACUCAAGUCUAUGCAGUCUGAAAUAAGCAAACAACAGGAACAAUCACGAAAUACCAGGGAAAUUAAUGUCCCAAAAGAUUCUACUUCACUGAAGAAAGAGCUUCCUGAGGUGUCACCUGAGGCAAAGAAAAGAGCUGCAGAGGCAAAAGCAAGAGGAGGUGAUGCUUUCAGUAGACAGGAUUAUCAAGCGGCUGUUGAUGCAUACACGCAGGCAAUUGAUAUGGACCCAACUGAUCCCAUUUUUCUUUCCAAUCGAAGCCUCUGUUGGCUUCGUCUUGGCCAACCUGAGCAUUCCUUAGCUGAUGCAAAGGCCUGCAGGGAAUUGAAACCAGAUUGGCCUAAAGCCUGCUUUCGAGAAGGUGCAGCAUUGCGCCUAAUGCAGAAGUUUGAUGAAGCAGCCAAUUGUUUCUACGAGGGUGUGCAGCUGGACCCUGAAAGUAGGGAACUCGUUGAUGCUUUCAGGGAAGCCGUUGAAGCUGGAAGGCAAUUCCACAGUACAGAUAAACAAAAACCAAAACCUUAGUUUUGCCAAAUAGCCAGCAGUGUUCAUCAUUAAGAUGCUUUAGUCCUUCAUUACCAGGAAAGUGUGCUAUCACUAAGAAAUUUGAGUUUGUUACAUCAUGUGUUGAUACUAAAUGUAAGAAAAUUUUUGCGGUAAACAAUGUGACAGUAAUUUUAAAUUUUCCAAUUGCUAAACUUUAGCUUCAUGCU